CCCAUCUCUACUGCUGAGUGGCAUGUUCUAAUUCACGAAUCCGCUCUUCAGAAAUCCAUUCAAGCGAAAUAAUGCCUUUAGAAAGAGAAGUGUACCAUUCCCAAGAACCUGGCGAAGAUGAAGUGGUCAUAUCGGGAAUAUCUGGCCGUUUUCCAGAAUGCGAAAAUAUGGAAGAGCUUAAGCGCAACCUAUUGGAUGGUGUCGAUAUGGUAACAGAAGAUGAUAGAAGAUGGCCGGUGAACAUGCACGGGCUUCCAGGACGCAUGGGAAAAUUGAAAAAUUUAGAACACUUUGACGCCGAAUUUUUUGGAGUACAUUCCAAAAUGGCUGAGGACAUGGACGUUCAGUUAAGAAUUCUCCUAGAGGUGGUCUACGAAGCAAUUGUUGAUGCUGGAUACAAUCCGUCUGAGUUGAGAGGCAAGCGCGUAGCGGUAUUCGUAGGUGCGUGUGUUACCGAUACAGGUGAAUAUGUCAGACAAGCAGCUGAUAGAGUUUCACCAUAUUCCAUAACCGGAACUCCUCUGUGCAUGCUGUCGAAUAGAACCUCGUACACAUUUGACUUUAAAGGGCCUAGCUAUACCAUCGAUUCGGCCUGUUCCAGUAGCAUGGUGGCAUUUCAAAAAGCGUUUAUAGCAAUUAAAUCAGGAGAUUGUGAUGCUGCGAUUGUUGGCGGUGUAAAUACGUGUCUUAAUCCUGUCCUGUCUGUUGCGUUUCAACGUUUUAACAUGUUAAGCAAGAUAGGAAAGUGCAAUGCCUUUGAUCAAACUGGAGACGGAUACGUACGUGCAGAAGCCGCCGUUGCCUUGUUAUUGCAAAGGACUAGAAACGCACGUCGAGUUUACGCUACUGUUUUGGGGGCAAAAUUGAAUAUGGACGGCUAUAAGGAUCAAGGAAUCACCUACCCAUCGGGUGAAAUGCAAAAGGAGCUCAUUGAAGAUGUAUGCACGGAAGCUGGAGUUAAUCCGGCAAAUGUGGUUUUUGUUGAAUCUCACGGUACUGGAACGCCAGCUGGGGAUCCAGAAGAAAUGAAAGCAAUCGCAGCAGUGUUUCUCAAAAAUCGUAGUGAACCGCUUCUAAUUGGUUCAGUGAAAAGUAACCUUGGUCACUCCGAGGGUGCAUCUGGACUGUGCGGUAUAGCGAAAGUUAUUAUCGCAAUGAAUUGCGGUGUUAUAUCAAAAAAUCUGCACUACUCAUCUCCAAACAUUAACAUACCCGCAUUAAGGGACAAAAGAGUGAAGAUUGUUACUGAAAAUAGAAGUUGGAACGGAGGUUUGGUUGGAAUUAAUUCAUUUGGAUUUGGCGGAUUAAAUGGUCAUGCCCUGCUACGUUCUCAUUCAAAAACCAAGAAAACUGGUACGGUUGCGUCGUUACCUCGUUUGGUAGUUGUUUCAGGUCGAACACAUGAUGCCGUUUGUAAAUUCUUGGACAGUUUAGAUCAAAACAAGGAAGACAUUGAGCUUAUGGCACUAGUCAACUCUAUACACUCACGCAAUGUAACUGGUCAUCGUUUUCGAGGUUAUCGCCUUUUAGGCAAAACAAACGCGCAAGAUAUCGUAAGUUACGAAUCUAGCAAACGCCCUAUUUGGUAUGUGUUUAGUGGAGUCGGAUCACAAUGGCAUCAAAUGGCAAAAACUAUGAUGGUAUUUGAUGUGUUUAGAAAGUCUAUAGAGAAAUCUGCUGAAAGUUUAAGAUGCUACGGUAUAACUUUGAAUGACAUUGUCUUAAAUUCUAGUAACAAUCCGGAGAACGAUAUCUUAAUGACAUUUGUAACAAUUAACGCCGUCCAAAUUGCUUUGACGGAUUUAUUAACAAGCUUAGGAAUAGUACCCGAGGGAAUUAUAGGACACUCUGCUGGAGAAGUCGCGUGUGCGUACGCGGAUGGAUCUAUGACACAUGAAGAGACAAUAAGGACGGCUUACAUCCGCAGUAUUACGAUUUACAAAGAAUGUGCAGCUAAUGGAGCAAUGGCGGCUAUAGGACUAUCGUGGGAAGAAUGUAUCAAGCGCUGUCCACCGGAAAUUCAAAUUGCCUGUCACAAUAGUAUAGACAAUGUAACCGUAUCAGGUCCAAAAGAGUUGGUUUCCAAAUUGGUUGCUGACGCAGAAUCCAGCGGUAUCUUUGCAAAAAUGGUGCCUAGCAGUGGUUACGCAUUUCACAGCAAGUACGUUGCUCCUGUAAAAAAUGCACUACAAAAAGCUUUGGACGAAAUCAUCCCCCAUCCCAAACCUCGCAGUGCCAAAUGGAUAUCUACGUCAUAUCCUGAAUCCAAAUGGGACUCUCCCGAUAGCAAGCUGUGUUCAGCAAAGUACCACGUGACAAACGUUCUGUCACCGGUGCUUUUCUAUGAAGCUCUUCAACAUGUCCCCAAGAAUGCCAUUGUUAUUGAGAUUGCUCCCCAUGGACUCUUGCAAGCCAUAGUUAGGAGGGUACUUGAUUCUAAUUGCACUUCCAUCAACCUCAUGAGUAAAACAGCUCCUAACAAUGUAGAUUUCUGCCUUUCUGCUAUUGGAAGAAUAUUCAAUGCCGGCGGACAACCACAAAUAUCCACCAUGUACGAACAAGUUAAGUAUCCUGUUGGCUGUAAGACCACCAUGAUUAACUCGAUGAUCGAAUGGGAUCACUCCGAGAAAUGGAACGUAAUAAAUUCUGCAGCACAAUCUUCAAAAUCUGGGGAAUGCAUAUUUAAAGUUGAUCUCUCCAAAGAAUCCGAUAAAUUCCUAAUAGGUCAUCAACUUGACGGCAGAAUUAUUUUCCCAGGUGCAGGGUACCUAAUUUUUGCUUGGAAAGCGUUAGCCAAACUGAAUAAUGAAGAUUUUGAAAAAAUGCCAGUGGUAUUCGAAGAUGUGGAGUUUAAAAGACCAAUUAUGGUGUCCGAAGAAGGAUCACUAAAACUCUCAGUGAAUAUUUUAGAAAGUUCUGGUGAAUUUGAAAUAUGCGAAGGCGGCUACUUGGUCUCAUCUGGAAGAAUUUUUGCACCUCGGGACAUUUCGAAGGAAACGGUUGAUCUCAUUCAGGAUGUAGAUACAUCUGAGCCAGAACUACUGCAGCACACCAGUGAUGAUUUUUAUAAGGAAUUAAAAGUGCGAGGGUACGAUUACAGUGGUCAUUUCAAAGUAAUUAUGUCAUCUGACAACCGAGGCAUGAACGGAAGGAUUACAUGUCAAAGCAACUGGAUAACUUACACCGACGCGGUUCUGCAAUACGUCAUCUUCGGUUCGAAAAGCCGAGAAUUGUCCCUACCAGUCCGAAUACAAAGAGUUUUAAUAAAUCCAAAAUUGCAUCGGGCCCUAAUGGACACUAACGAUAGUCUUCCUAUUAAGAUGUUUCCAUUGAUUGGGCUGGCACAAACGGGUGGAAUUGAAAUGCAUAAAGUAGAAUACCAGAUGACGCCGAGACGGACUGGUUUCUCAUCUCCUAACCUGGAAUCGUACAAAUUUGUUGCGUACGAUAAUGCCGAUCUCACAAACGACAUAUCCAUGGGAAGGGAACAUGCGGUGACGAUUUUGACACAGAUUGUUUUAGAAAAUACAAACGCCCUUAAGUUAAAAGUUACGGGGAUACUACAAGAGGCGUUCAAAAAAGAUCAUUUAACACUGCUCAUCAAAACCGCCAUAGAGUCUGAGCCGAAAAUGUCUCUAGAUUAUACAGUAAUAAAAUUAGUAGAAACGGACACGUCGGAAUUAGAAAAUAACGAAAUUCAAAUACUACCAAAAAUGGUAAAUAAGCUCAAGGAAAAUACGCACCUCGUAGUGAUGAAGGGUGCUUUCUCACAAAAAAAUGAGGAUCUUAUGAAAGCCGCUUGUGCUUCAUUAAAACCGGGUGGCUUCAUUUUAAGCGAGGAGGAAGAUAAAUUAGAGAACGUCGAGGUGAUAGCUUCUCUUGGUUUGCGAGCCAUAGCAACUCAGUCUGUAAGCACGAAAUCGUUCUUAUUACUUCGUAAGCCACUAGUUGCACCUGAUGAUGUGGUUGUGCUGAAGAUCACCGAAGCAAACUUCGACUGGUUAGAACCCCUAAAACACGCACUUCAAAAGUCGGAAUCAGAAGGGAUCAAGAUAUACUUAGUAAGUCAAGGGGAGGAACUGAAUGGUUUAAUGGGUAUGGUUAAUUGUUUGAAGAGAGAGCCUGGAGGAAUUAACAUACGUGCCUACUACAUGCCCAAUGAAACAAAGGAAGUUUUCUCUCUCUCCUCGUCGUUCUAUCGGAAGCAGUUAGAAAAAGAUUUAGUUCACAAUGUUUUGAAGAACACGGCUUGGGGAUCAUACCGCCACCUUCCCAUCAACGCGUUUAAAGAAGAAAAUGUAGCCGCGAACCACGCUUACAUUAACGUAGGAACCAAGGGCGACCUAUCGACCUUAAGAUGGGUGAAAGACAGUCAUAAGCUCGAUAACAACUCAGAGCUGUGCUCAGUAUACUACGCGCCAAUAAACUUUAGGGAUGUAAUGCUGGCAACUGGACAAUUGGCUACUGACGCUCUGCCAGGCAACUAUGAUACGAAUGACUGUCCGUUGGGGUUAGAAUUUUCGGGGCGUGAUAGUAAAGGUCGAAGGGUAAUGGGUGUGGUUAAGUCACGUGGUUUAGCCUUGACCUGCGUUGCUCAUCCUAAAUUUCUAUUGGAAGUUCCAGAAAAAUGGACACUUGAAGAAGCAGCUACUGUUCCAGUGGUUUAUGGAACGGUAUACUAUGCUUUAAUAAUUCGCGGACAACUGCAACCGGGGGAAUCGGUGUUAAUACACUCUGGUGCUGGAGGUGUAGGGCAAGCGGCAAUAUCGGUUGCGCUCAGCAUGGGUUGUACAGUGUUCACGACCGUUGGCAGUCAAUUAAAGCGCAACUUCAUCAAAAACUCUUUUCCACAAUUAGACGAUCAACACAUUGGCAAUUCACGGGACUCCAGUUUUGAACGAUUUAUUCUUUUCCAGACGAAAGGUCGAGGCGUUGAUGUGGUCUUGAAUUCACUGUCGGGCAAGCUACUUCAGGCGUCGGUGCGCUGCCUUGCUAUGGGAGGACGUUUUUUGGAAAUAGGGAAAGUCGACCUGUUCGACAACUCAAACUUGGGUAUGCACAUGUUUCUAAAAGACACCUCGUUCCACGGCAUUCUUUUUGACGCAAUCAUUGAACAAGACAAUUCCCAUACGAAUCGUAUACUCCAGUUAAUGCGUGAGGGCAUAGCUAGCGGCGCAGUUCGACCGCUGCCCUCAGUCGUUUUCGAUGAAAACCAAGCAGAAGAAGCAUUCAGAUUAAUGGCUUCCGGAAAUCACAUAGGAAAGAUUGUACUGAAAAUAAGAUCCGAAGAACAACGGAAAGUGUGCAUGCCUUCUCCGAAAUCUAUAAACUCUGCUACUGUCACUUACAUGGAUCCAAAGAAAAGUUACGUGUUAGUCGGAGGACUAGGUGGAUUCGGUUUGGAAUUAGCAAACUGGUUGAUAUGUAGAGGUGCAACUAAGGUAUUAUUGAAUUCUCGUAGUGGUGUUACGACGGGAUAUCAAUCAAUGUGUGUAAGACGAUGGCGCAACGAUGGUGUGAAUAUCGUAAUUUCUAAAACGGAUGCUACUACUGAGAGGGGUGCCAACCAGCUUGUAAAAGAGGCAGCUCAGCUCGGCCCCGUUGGCGGUAUAUUUAAUUUAGCAGCAGUUCUCAGGGAUUCCAUGAUAAUGAAUAUGUCCAAAGAUGAUUUUAAGGUAGCGUGCCUUCCAAAAGUACAAGCCACCAAGUAUUUGGAUGCUGCGACCCGUGCUUUGGCGCCCUAUUUAGACCACUUUGUCGUAUUUUCUUCGAUCAGUUGUGGUCGAGGAAAUGCAGGACAAGCCAACUAUGGAUUUGCCAAUUCUGUAAUGGAACGUAUUUGCGAAUCGCGCCAAGCUGACAAUUUGCCCGGGUUAGCCAUUCAGUGGGGGCCAAUCGACGACGUAGGACUUUUGACGAAAAUGGACCUGUCUGUAGAUGUUAUGGGGUUACUCCCACAACGCAUAAAUUCAUGCUUAAUGGUGAUGGAUACCUUCCUAAACCAACCACACGUCAUUGUAGGCAGCAUGAUACUGGGGAAAAGUGUUAAAAUGGAUAAGAAGACUGGGGUAGCAGACGUAGUGGCAAAAAUAAUGGGCAUUAAAGAUUUAAAAACGGUAGCACCAACAGCAACGCUCUCAGAUCUUGGAAUGGAUUCAUUAAUGGGUUCCGAGAUUAAGGAGUCCUUAGAACGAAAUUUUGAUAUAAACCUCAACGUUAAGGAAAUUCGCGGCCUUACAUUUGACCACCUUUCUCAGUUAAACUCCACAGCGUAAAACCCACACGCUGUUUUUUAGGUUAUGUUAUGUGCAUCGUGAGGAUUUUAGAAAAAAAUGAUUAAAAAUCUCAUCAACAAUUUAAUCAAUAGUCCUUCUUCUAGUUAACUUUGGGUUUGCCCGAAUGAUUUAAAUUUCCCCCAAUUGUAUGUUACACGUUAGAACUCGCUAAUCCUCGUAAGUACUCAAUAAACCAUUGCUA